CGGCAAUAGAGUGGAUGAGCACAGUAAAGACGGCGUAUUUAAAAUAUAGUUCAUCAGCGCUGAACUUGCCUCAAUGACGCCCAUUAUAGUGACUUUCCCCACUCACUAGACAUCACUUUACUAUCAUGUCGGACAAAGACUUGCUUAACGCUGCUCACAACUCGGUGGCCUACAUAAAUGGCCGGGUUUAUACUGUCAACAAGACCCUGCCAUGGGCCGAAGCUUUUAUUGUGGAUACCAAUGGAAUAUUCAGCGCCGUCGGCAAUACACGCGAGAUCGUUGCUGCCGCUAAGGCAGCCUCAAUGGUGGUAUACGAUCUGAAAGGCAGAUUUAUUAUGCCUGGAAUCCAUGAUGCCCAUGUGCAUACCAUCGUAUCAGGCUCCGGUUUGUUGAAUUGGGCUCAGACCGGAUAUGAUGUUACCAGAGAUAAUGUCGUGGAGCGUAUCAAAAAGGCCGCAUGCUCUUGCGCCUACAGUCAUUUUUACGAAGAUUGGAUCUUUGGAGGUGCUGGUUUUGGGUUCGAGAAUUUUGAUCGCAGUCUCCUCGACAAAGAUUACCCGGAUACCCCUGUUGUCCUCCUGGGGGUGGGUUGCCACGAUUGGUACACUAAUACGGCUGCUCUCCGACGCGCUGGUUAUAAUGUCGAACAAGGUGAGGUAGACCCUAUUGGAGGGAAGCAUGAGCUCAGGCCAGAGGGGAGCCUCACGGGAGAGCUGAAAGAUCAAGCAGGGAACCGCCUGAUGGCAGCUCUGCCUAAACCAGCCAAAGCGCAUGUCAAGAGAGUCGUCAAGCGUGCAAUCGCCGAGAUGCAUCGUCAUGGAGUUACCUCUUGCCAGGAUGCGUCGUCUACGGAAAUGUUCCUCACCGCUCUCAGUGAACUCGAGGCAGAGGGAAAGCUUAAGAUGCAGUUUGCCACUCACUGCCUAUACAAAAAUGAAUGGCUUACAGGAGAAAUUCAAGUGCCGGCGGAUAAGCUCAUCUUGAAUGCUGAUAAGUAUCAGAGCCGACAUGUCGAUACUAGGUUUGUCAAGAUGAUGAUGGACGGGGCUUGCACGCCGGCCCUGAUGAGCCACUCUGAUGUCGACGACAACGGCAUUCCGGACCAAAGCAAGAUCCUUCUCCCAGAUGCUGCAGAGCUUGUGGAGAGGUUUGAUGGUAGAGGUAUGACUUGCAAGAUUCAUUGCAUGGGUUACGGCGGUGCGAGAACGGCGCUUGACGCCUUCGAAAUCGUUCGUCAAAUGCGACCCGACGGCCCUCGUCACGAGGUUGCGCACUGUACUCGAGUUCUGCCAGAGGAUUGUAAGCGGUUCAAACAGCUGAACGUCACCGCCGAGAUGUCCCCUGCUGGAUUCUUCGAUACUUCCCAAUCUGAAAACAUGCGCUUGUUCCAGUACGAUUUUGAGAGAAUGCUCGCAGAAGAGGCGCAUAUAACUAUUGGAAGUGACUGGGCCCAUGGAUUGGAACUGCCCAUGUUUCGUAAUACAGCGAUUCUGGUAAUGAGGAUUGGGGCAGAGAAGGUUCUGGAAAUGAUACCAUUAGCAGGUGCUGUAGCGACAGGAAGAGAUAAGGAAGCUGGAUCAAUUGAGGUCGGUAAAAUUGCAAACUUUAUAUGCUUCGAUAGAGACGUCACUCGAGGAGAUUUCGAGAACGCAAAGGUACUCCAGACUUGGUUUGAAGGAGAGGUUGUUUAUGACUCUACACAAGAGCUAGGGUAA